AUGUUGUACUUUUUUCUUUUAUUUUACACUUUAAAUUGCUGUGAAUUUAAGUAUCAGAAUAAAAAAACUUUACAAUGCUUAGAAAGCAAUAAAAAUGUUGAGGAUAGUUAUACAUCUAUAGAAAAAGAAUUUAUUGAGAUAGUUUCGCAAAUUGAACAAAAAAAACUGAUAAAAAAUAUUAAUCGAAUUUACAAAGUAGGUGGAGAUAAUUUAAUCAAUUAUUUAUAUAAAAAAAAGAAUUUAAAAGAUGUUUUGAUUAAUUUUAUGAAAGAUAAUAAUGAAUAUUAUGUACAAAAGGAGAAUAUAGAAUUGACAACAAUAGAUAUCAAUUUAUUUAUUGAAACUUUUCGCUAUCUUUAUUAUGUCUUGCAACGUGCACAAGAUUAUUUUAAUCGCAAAAGACUGUUACAAAUUAUCGAUAACUUUAGAAAUAAUAUAAUGCAUAUUUUAAAAGAAACUGAGCUGCCUGAUAUUGAUAAUAAAAGUUUAGAAAAAUUUAAUAAAUGCAUUAAAUUUUUAAAUGGCCAAAUUAACGAAAUUAUUAGUUUUUUGUAUGUUCUUCCUGAUUUUAUAUCUUGCAAAACAUUUAAAGAAUAUUUUUUAACGCUUCUAUUUUUGAAACGACAACUAGAAAGCACUGCCAGUGAUAAUUUUAAGAUAGAGUUGAAUACAAUGAUUUAUAUGGUAGAAAAAAAUUCUUUUGAUAAUUCAUCCUAUUUAACUGAAUGCAAAAACAUUUCGAACACAAUAGCAAAAGAAAUUGAAUGUUUAUUUAAAAUUUACGAAAUGUUUAGUAAGCUUCUUAAUGAAAGAAUUCAAAUUCUUUGUAAUCGUUAUUUUUUAUCCAAGAAGACAGUAUAA